AUGGCUUAUCUCACAGAGUCGCCGCCGCUUCCAGCGCUAUCCAGCCUAUUUCCCCAUCUUGAUGACGAUGCUUCAAGCAUCCCUCGAUCCACCGAUCCAUUUACCAUCACCACGACCACGGGCUUUCUCCCUUGCCGGCCUCCUAUGCGUCGUCUUCCGGCUCAUUUUGACGCCCUUUCGGAGAUCCUCGAUGACAUGCCCGUUGUCAAAGCAGACGGCACGCCUGGACUACUCGCCAAGUUCGCUCUUGGACCGUUGAUCGACUCAGGAGCACUACCAGACUUGACACACCAUCUCGAUAAUCUGCGCAUUCUGGACGGCGCAGGACACCGCUACGACCUUGAGGCUGUCACGGCUCUGUUCCGUGACUAUAGCUUCCUCGCCAGUUCUUACUUGUUGGAGCCCUGCUGGGAAACAUGGUCCAAGGACAACAAUGCUGGCUACGGUUUGGGUCGGCCAAUACUGCCUCGAUGCAUUGCUGCGCCUUUGGUCGCGGCUGCUGAUAUUCUUGACAUCCCUCCAUUCAUGUCGUACGCGGCAUCGUAUGCAUUGUACAAUUACAGUCUCGUCAACCUCAAUCUUGGAGCCAGCGUGUACGACAACCUGCGGCUCAUACGUGCGUUCGAGCAAGGUCUCGACCCAACCAGCUCCGAAGCCGGCUUCAUCUUGACACACAUCCACAUGGUACAGGAGACAGGACCUUUGAUUCAGGGCGCAACAGACCUCCUCGCCGUCAUCGAAAACAUACCGAGGCACACCGGGGCUGCGAUCACUGCGUUUCAGAUAAUGCUGUCGGCUAUGAAACGCAUUGAAGAACACAUGGAGCAGAUGUGGACGCACUCUUUGCCGAAGGACUACAUCUCCUAUCGCACCUUCAUCUUCGGCAUAACCUCGCAGUCCAUGUUUCCCAACGGCGUGAUCUAUCAAGGCACAAGAUACGGGGACAACAAACCACUCCAUUUCCGUGGCGAGUCAGGUGCCAAUGACAGUAUCAUUCCUCUUCUUGACCACCUGCUGGAAAUUCCCAUGCCUACCAACCCUCUCACGGACAUCUUGAAGGAUUUCCGACAGUAUCGGCCUAAACCACAUCGAGAGUUCCUGGCGUGGGUCAUGAGCAAGAGUGCAGAAGUCGGCGUGAAGAAAUACUGUGUCGACAGCAUCAAUGCUGCUGAUGUUGAGCACUCGAUGCUUCUUCCAACAUUGUACCUGAAAUUGCUCGAACAUGUGCGCAGUUUCCGUUGGCGUCACUGGCUCUUUGCGAGGGAGUACAUCAUCAAGCGCACUGCUCAUCCGACAGCAACUGGUGGAAGUCCCAUUGUCACUUGGUUGCCUAAUCAACUCUUUGCAGUCAUGGAUUUGAUGGACUCGGUGUAUAAGGAGAGCGGACUGAAGGGUGUCAUUGAGGAGGGCAAGGUAGAGAGUUCAGAGAUCAAAGUCGUAAAGGACUUGAUGGAGAACGUCGUCUCCCAGAGGGACAAAUUGGACAAGGAGGUCAAAAAGUAUUGCGCCGAACGAGGCGCAUGA